CUUCUGUUUCCCCCCGGCGAGUAGGUGCGGAGGAUCAAUUUCCGUUUCCGGUGGUGUGCAUGUGGACCUGAGCUGUUGCGUCUGUGAACCGGAAAGCGCUGAAACUCGGACAGUCGAGCUCCGGGUUGCGACUUAUCUGUAGUUCAUACAUAGCCACCAUGGAGGCUAAGGAUCAGAAGAAACACAGAAAGAAGCACAGUGGGCCUAAGGCUGAGAAGAAGAAGAAACGGCAUCUGCAGGAUCUCCAACUUGGAGAUGAAGAUGAUGCCCGGAAGAGAAACCCCAAAGCUUUCGCAGUUCAGUCUGCUGUGCGGAUGGCGCGAUCCUUCCACAGGACUCAAGAUUUAAAGACAAAAAAGCAUCACAUCCCAGUGGUUGAUCAAACUCCACUAAAACCGCCACCAGUGGUGGUAGUGGUGAUGGGGCCUCCAAAAGUUGGAAAGAGCACUUUGAUUCGGUGCCUUAUUCGGAAUUUCACCAGACAGAAGCUAACUGAGAUCAGAGGCCCUGUAACAAUUGUGUCAGGUAAAAAGCGCAGACUUACCAUUAUUGAAUGUGGGUGUGACAUUAAUGUUAUGAUUGAUCUAGCUAAAGUCGCAGAUUUGGUGCUGAUGCUUAUAGAUGCCAGCUUUGGGUUUGAAAUGGAGACAUUUGAGUUUCUAAACAUCUGUUAAGUGCAUAGCUUUCCUAAAAUCAUGGGCGUUCUCACCCACCUGGACUCCUUCAAGCACAAUAAGCAACAGAAGAAAACAAAGAAGCGGCUGAAGCACCGGUUCUGGACAGAGGUCUACCCGGUAGGAGCAGAGAGCACUGCGCCAUCACUGCGGUCCUCGACAGCCGAGAGUAGUGAAGAGAUGUCACUAAACGUCUCCAGGAUUUACCUCCUGACUUUCCUGUGUAUCUUUCCAGUCCCUGAACCAUUUCCCUCAAUGCUGUCUUUACCUGGGAUGGAAGAUUUGACAAACCCUGAGGAUAUCUGAACAAACAUUAAGUGUGACCGAAAGGUGUCUCUUUAUGGUUAUUUAAGAGGAGCAUACUUGAAAAAUAAAAGUCAGAUUCACAUGCCAGGUGUGGGAGAUUUUGCCGUUAGCGAUGUGAGUUUCCUCCCAGACCCCUGUGCUCUUCCGGAACAGCAGAAGAAGCGCUGUCUAAAUGAGAAGGAAAAGCUGGUUUAUGCACCUCUCUCUGGAGUUGGGGGUGUGCUCUAUGACAAAGAUGCUGUCUAUGUCGACCUUGGGGGUAGCCAUGGUUUUCAGGCAAUGGAGGAAAAGGGACCCACCCAUGAACUGGUCCAGAGCCUCAUCUCCACUCAUGCCAGCAUCGAUGCCAAGAUGGCUUCAAGCAGAGUGACGCUCUUUUCUGAUUCCAAACCUUUGGGGUCAGAGGAUAUAGAUAAUCAGGGGCUGUGGAUGCCAAAAGAAGAAAAGCAAGUGGAUGUGAAAACUGGUCGAGUGCGUCGGAAAGCCGUUUUUGGAGAUAAGGUAGAUGUGUCUGGAGAUGAAGAAAAUGAUGAUGAUGAAGACAUGUCUGAAGAUGACAGGAUGGAAAGUGGCUCUAGUGAUGAUUAGACGGAAGAGGAAGAUGCUAACAUCACCAGGUCUAAGCGUAGUAAAAGGCAGAAGCUUGAGGAGCAGAAAGAAGACAGUGAGGUGGAUGUGCCAGCAUUUGCGGAUAGCGACGAUGAUCUGGAGAGGAGCUCGGGGGACGACGGGGAGGCAGAGGAUGCUGACGGAAGCAGUGAGGAUGAGGAUGAGGAUGAGGACGAGGACGAGGACGAAGAUGAAGACGAAGACUCCCCUGCAGGAGGGAGGGACGUUUUGGAAUCCAAAUCUCCUGGAGGAGAUGGUGAAGCAAGACUGUCACCAGCUCAUGAUUGGAGUGCUGACCAGGAAGUAGAGAAGUCUUCUCCAGGGGGAAAAGCUGCCCUCACCACCUCUGAUUCUGGCCAUUGCACAGCUGAGGAGGCGUUUCCAUCUGAAGACGAAUCUGAGGAAAGCUCACUCAGCUCAGAGGAUGAAGACUCGGAAAGCAGAGAGGCUGUUAGGACGAAGCUUGCCAAGCCUCUGGGGGACAGUGGGCAGAAACCAGAGUCAGAGAACUUCGUUGAUGAGACCAGUGACAUUGAAGAUUUACUCAAAGAGGAAGAGGAUCACGAGGAAGAAAGCUGCCCCACAGAAACGUCUGGUGCCCUCAAGUGGAAGGAUGACCUCUCCAGGAAGGCGGCAGAGGCCUUUCUUAGGCAGCAGCAGGCCACGCCAAACCUGCGAAAGCUGAUUUAUGGGACAGUGACAGAGGAUAAUGAAGAAGAAGAUGGAGAUGCCCCUGAAGAGCUUGGAGGACUGUUCCGUGUCAGCCAGCCUGGUAGAGCGUGUAAGCACAAGGCGGACUCUUUGGACUGCUCCAGGUUUCUCGUGGAAGCACCACACGAUUGGGAUUUAGAGGAGGUUGUAAACAGCAUCAGAGAUUGCUUUGUGACUGGGAAGUGGGAAGAAGAUAAAGAUGCAGCCAAGAUCCUAGCAGAAGACGAGGAGCUCUACGGUGACUUCGAAGACCUAGAAACAGGAGAUGUGCACAAGGGAAAACCGGGCCCCAAUGCUCAGAGCGAAGAUACUGAAGAAGUUAAGGAGGAAACCGACCCUAAUGAGGAGGAAAGUGCCAAGAAAAAGCAUUUGAAUAAGAAGAGAAAAUUGAAGGAGCUGUUUGAUGCAGAGUACGAUGAAGGAGAGAGCACAUACUUCGAUGAUCUUAAAGGGGAAAUGCAGAAACAAGCUCAGCUUAACCAGGCUGAAUUUGAAGAUCAAGAAGAUGAAACCAGAGUUCAAUAUGAGGGUUUUCGACCUGGAAUGUAUGUCCGCAUUGAGAUUGAAAACAUCCCCUGUGAAUUUGUGCUGAACUUUGACCCUCACUACCCAAUUAUCCUGGGUGGUUUGGGCAAUAGUGAGGGCAAUGUGGGCUAUGUGCAGAUGCGUCUUAAGAAACAUCGUUGGUAUAAGAAAAUCCUCAAGUCUCGAGACCCAGUUAUUUUUUCUGUAGGGUGGAGGAGGUUUCAGACCAUCCCACUCUAUUACAUUGAAGACCACAAUGGAAGACAAAGGCUUCUGAAAUACACCCCACAGCACAUGCAUUGUGGAGCAACCUUUUGGGGUCCUAUCACUCCACAAGGAACUGGGUUCUUGGCAAUACAGUCUGUCAGUGAUGUCAUGCCGGAGUUUCGGAUAGCUGCCACUGGUGUUGUCCUCGAUCUGGAUAAAUCCAUAAGAAUUGUGAAGAAGUUAAAGCUGACUGGUUUUCCUUUUAAAAUUUUCAAGAAUACUUCAUUUAUUAAGGGAAUGUUUAAUUCUGCCUUGGAAGUAGCCAAGUUUGAAGGUGCUGUCCUUCGGACUGUCAGUGGAAUAAGGGGACAGAUCAAGAAGGCACUCCGGGCUCCAGAAGGAGCCUUCCGGGCCAGCUUUGAGGACAAGUUGCUGAUGAGUGACAUUGUCUUCAUGCGAACUUGGUACCCCGUCUCCAUUCCGGCCUUCUAUAACCCGGUAACAUCUUUGUUGAAACCAGUGGGUGAGAAAGACACCUGGUCAGGAAUGCGGACAACAGGUCAACUCAGGCUCGCCCACGGCAUCAAGCUAAAGCCAAACAAGGAUUCUUUGUAUAAGCCAAUCUUGAGGCAAAAGAAGCAUUUUAAUUCACUGCACAUUCCAAAAGCUUUGCAGAAGGCUCUACCAUUUAAGAACAAGCCCAAGAUGCAAGCAAAGGCAGGCAAGGUGCCGAGGGACAGGCAGAGACCGGCCGUCAUACGGGAACCUCAUGAGAGAAAGAUCCUGGCUCUGCUAGAUGCUCUGAGCACAGUACACAGUCAGAAGAUGAAGAAGGCCAAAGCUCAGAGGCACCUGCACAACAUGGAGCACGCCAAGGUGAAGCAGAAGGAGGAGGAGGGGAAGUUGCGGCGGCAAAAGGACCUCAGGAAGAAGCUCUUCCGGAUUCAGGGUCAGAAGGAAAGAAGAAACCAGAAGUCCAGUCUGAAAGGCGCUGAGAACAUUAAGUGAGCCUUCAGACUGGGGGACCAUCUUCUAGACCUGCAGAGGUGGCUGCAAGUCUCCGCAUGUUUAUGACAAGUCAGGAGGAGAGCCUGACAGGGACCUCUCUGGACAUGGCAUCCAGACCGUGCCUUGAAGAGGAGCCGUGGGAGAAGGCUGCUGGUGGGUGCCUGCUUGUUCUCAGCAUGCAGUGGUGCCCGCGGGCAUCAAGGCAGUGUGGCAGGGUCGUGUGCAUUACCUCACUUCUCCCGGUCUUUAUUUUGUGCUGUAGAAAUGUCAUUAAAAUAUUUUCCUGUUACGUUUGGCUUAGUGAUUUAAUUGGGGAUGAAUGCAGGACCAUUGCUUCUACAUAACUGCUUUUACUUUGCCAUCUAUAUGAGGAUGAAAAAGAUUGUAACAAGCUCUCAGAUCUUGUGUGAAAUGUUAGUGUGUUGUUACUGUCUUUUCUUAUCUUUUUGGUCUGUUUACUCAGUCACUGGUCCUAGUGGAUGUUUUAUAUCUCAUUUCCUAUAUUUUAUAGAUUAGUAUAAUAGGUAAAGUAAACACUUGUAAAAACCUUUAGAAUGGGAUUUGAGGUCUCAGUCAUACAUGAUCCUUAUACAUUGUACCUACCUAGCUAUAGGUGGUUUUUUUUUUUUAAUAUUUUUAUUAUUUAUGUGUAUGAGUGUAUUGCCUGCAUGUAUGUGAGUGCACCUGUGUCAUGUUUCUUAAUUGAUGUUACUCAUGUAAUCAAAUUACAUAUAUAUUCUGUAUACAUUAUAUGAUUAUCUGUUGGCAUAUCGUAUGUGAUCUAACCCUAUAGAAGUAUAGAGUCACAUACAAUGUGUACUUUGGUUUCCCCUAGUUGUAACAUUUUGCAAAUAUCAUAAUCCAUUGAUUUUUUUUUUAACUCAGAUUUCCUCCAGCUGUUCACCCCUUUACACGUUUGUGUGUCAUCUUUGUACAAUGGCUGUGCUAAUUCUCUAUACUGAUCUGGUUUUAGUAUGUGUACUGCUAAUCUAAGUGAUGUAUUGCCUUCCUAGAAAUUAGUGUGUAGUAACUAUAGAAUAAUGAGUUUGGUUGAUAUUUUUAUAUACACAUAUGAUGUGCUUGGAUUGCAUUUUUCUGUUUAUUACCGGCUUUUGUCUCUCCUUCCCCUGAUACCACACAUCACCUUUUAAAACUUGUGGACUAGUGAAAGUUCACCUAGAGUGAGCUGUUGGCAUGAUUGGGAGCAGUUGGCCUAGUCUAGAGGCUUCAUAAAAGCUCAGAGCUUUCAGUGGGCAGGUGCUUAUUUGCCCUAUGUCUCUGUAAGAAUUGAUAGGGAUAUGAGAAUCCUGCCACAUGGGCUACCAGAGUGGUCGUGCACAGACACUUUUGAGGAAUUCUGGGUAUAGAUUUCCCUCUGCUACCACAUGGGCUACCAGAGUGGUCAUGCACAGACACUUUGAAGAACUCUGGAUAUAGAUUUCCCUCCUCCAAAGCAAUGAAGAUGGCAGCAUCCAAUAUGCUAACAGGCUGAGGAACUGACAUAUAAUACCAUAAAAAUUAUAAAUAACUUCUGUGCAUUAGGGAACAUAAUUGAUACAUUUCAAAAUAUGAAACUAUAUUUCAGUUAAAAUAUACAAAGCACUCUGUACACUUACAGUUAAAUGACAAGGAAAUUACAGUAAAUGAAAAUUAGUUUUUAAAAGUGACAUGUACACAUAUACCACACUCAGAAAAUAAAUGUGACUCAUAAGUAAAUUUGUUAAGGGAUAGGCAUUGCAUAUAAUAUUGCAUAUAUUAUAAAAUAUUUUAACCAAAAGAAUGACUUUCUUCAGUAAGGAAGUAAAGUCUAACUACUGUGUGUGUGUGUUGUGUGUCCUUCUGGUGUGUAUACACAUUUGCUAGUAUUAAAAAUCCUGGUUUGUCAGUUGAACAAGGCAGAUAGAAAGGUGCAUGUCAGCAUAUAGGCUGGUCUUGGUGCUGUGCUGUACUCAUAAUCCCAACUACUUGGAAGAGUCAGGCCCUCUGAUGCAGGAGGUCACAAGUUCAAGGCCAGCCUGGGCAACUCUCAAAAAUGAAAAGCAGGUUAAGUGAUAGAGACUUGCCUUCCAUGUGCAAAACCUAAGUUCAAUCCCUAGUACUGAAAAAAAAAAAAAAAAAA